CCGAAUUCAAGACUUAUUUGCUAUCAACUGAGAAAUACUUUCAGUGCGACACUUGAGCUCAGUUUACAUCAUGAUUCGAAUUUUGGUUUUAAUGAUUACAUUCGCUUUAAUGACUGGUAGUGCUCUUUGUUCUAUCGAGAACCUUAUGCGUAUCUUUGGCGGUGGAUCUUCUGGAGGCGGUGGAUCUAAUCGAGGCCGUGGAUCUUUGGAUGUAAAUAUAGUUCCACCCAGUAGCGAACUAUCCUUUGGAUAUGGCUUUCGUCCUGGAUUCUUUUGAUUUGGUCCGCACCUAUAUUAUUUGUUUUGUGUUGAGGGCAGCUGGUUUCAUGUAAAGCGUAUUCGCUUUAUUAUAAAUAAAUAUACUAUUUAUCCAAUGCUACAAAUACACAUUAAGUCACAUUAA